CUUGUUUCCUUUUACUUCCUCAUUGUCACUCACUACCACCACAAGUCAUUUUAUACACCCACAUAAACAAAACCUUCUCUCUUCUUCUUCUAUCUUCUUCUUUCUCUUUCUCACCCUUCAAAGUUCGAAGCUUUAGUGGUUUAAUUCAACUCAAUCCAGGGCUUAAAUUCGAGGCUUCUUUGAUCAAAUUCAACCUGGGUUUUUGUAACCGCGAUUAUAAGUUGUAUGUCCAUUGGUAAUGGCUCCUAAAGCUGGGAAAACAAAGCCACACAAGAGUAAAGGAGAGAAGAAGAAGAAGGAAGAGAAAGUUUUGCCCACUGUCAUUGAGAUAAGUGUAGAAACACCAGAUGAAUCCCAAGUGACUCUCAAGGGAAUCUCUACGGACAGAAUCUUAGAUGUGAGGAAGCUCUUGGCGGUCCAUGUUCAGACAUGCCACCUCACCAACUUCUCUCUCUCUCACCAGGUGCGUGGCACUAGACUCAAGGAUUCCGUUGACAUCGUAUCGCUCAAGCCUUGCCACCUCACCAUCGUCGAAGAGGACUAUACUGAGGAGCUAGCCACCGCGCACAUACGGCGGCUCCUUGACAUCGUCGCUUGCACCACCGCCUUCGGUUCGUCGAAACCUCCGGUGUCUCGCGCGUCCACCAAAGACUCUGUACCGAAGGAGUCAGGUUCGAAUGAGGGAGAUUCUCCGGCCGACAAGGAUGCCGGCGAUUCAGGUUCCGGUCUCAGCCCUAAGCUUAAGGAAUCAGAGAAGAAACUCGUCGGGAACUGUGAGUCUCAGGCGGCGGAAGGUGGGGAUAAGGGUGACAUCAACAUGUGCCCACCGACUCGUCUCGGGCAGUUUUACGAGUUUUUCUCCUUCUCACACCUUACUCCUCCGAUCCAAUAUAUCAGAAGGUCUGUUCGUCCAUCUAUCGAGGAUAAAGGAUUAGAUGAUUUGUUUCAAAUCGAUAUUAAAGUUUCAAGUGGGAAGCCGAUCACGGUCGUUGCCUCAAGAACAGGUUUUUUCCCAGCUGGGAAAAAGCAGCUUCUGUGUCAUUCCUUGGUUGAGCUGCUGCAACAGAUAAGCCGGCCAUUUGAUGCGGCUUAUGACGCUCUUAUGAAAGGUUUCAUUGAGCACAAUAAAUUUGGCAACCUUCCUUAUGGUUUCCGAGCAAACACCUGGGUAGCUCCUCCGGUUGUUGCUGAUAGCCCAUCUACCUUUCCGUCACUUCCAGUGGAGGAUGAGACAUGGGGAGGGAAUGGCGGCGGGGUGGCCCGGUCUUGUAAGCAUGACCAAAGAGAGUGGGCAAAGGAAUUUGCGAUUUUGGCAGCGAUGCCUUGUAAAACACCUGAAGAGAGACAGGUUCGAGAUAGGAAGGUCUUCCUACUCCACAGUCUAUUUGUCGACGUUUCUGUUUUCAAGGCAGUGGAAUUAAUAAAGAAUGUCGUAGAGAGCAAUCAACGCUCACCAAAGGAUCCUGCUGCAUUUGCUUUCCAUGAAGAAAGAGUUGGUGAUUUGAUCAUAAAGGUGGCUAGAGAUGAGCCUGAUGCAAGUGCCAAGGUUGACCGAAAGAGUGAUGGGACUCGGGUUCUAGAUAUCUCUCAGGAAGAACUUGAUCAAAGGAAUUUGCUUAAAGGGAUCACUGCUGAUGAGAGUGCGACGGUUCAUGAUACGUCUACCUUGGCGGUGGUGGUUGUCAGACAUUGUGGUUUCACAGCCAUUGUAAAGGUUGCUGCUGAAUUUAAGUUGGAUGGGGGCCGAAUCCUAGAGGAUAUUGAAAUCGAAGACCAAUCAGAAGGAGGUGCAAAUGCACUGAAUGUAAAUAGCUUGAGGACUCUAUUGCACAAGUCGUCAACGCCUUCUAGCAUAGCUCAGAGAUCACCAAAUGCAGACUCAGAACAAAUACGUGUUGCCAAGUCCCUUGUGAGGAAAGUAUUUGAGGACAGUCUGCAGAAAUUGGAGGCUGAACCCCCAAGAAAUACCAAGCCUAUAAAGUGGGAAUUAGGAGCUUGUUGGGUGCAACAUCUGCAAAAUCAAGCUUCAAGUAAAAGUGAGACUAAGAAAACUGAAGAUGCUAAGCCUGAACCAACUGUGAAGGGUCUUGGAAAGCAAGGUGCACUUCUUAAGGAGAUAAAAAGGAAGAUUGAUGUGAAAGCUCACAAGGCUGAACAGGGCAAGGAUGCCCUUGCUAAUACUGUUGACAAUGACAAUAAAUCAGAAGCUGCGGAUCAGAAGGAACUCGAGAAACAAAAUGAGGAAAUGGAAAAGAUGUGGAAAGAACUGGUGACGGAAGCUGCAUAUCAGCGCCUUAAAGAAUCAGAAACUGGUUUUCAUCUCAAGUCACCCAGAGAGCUGAUUGAAAUGGCCCGCAAAUACUACGCUGACACUGCUCUUCCGAAACUGGUGGCAGACUUUGGAUCCCUUGAACUCUCACCUGUCGAUGGGAGAACUCUGACAGACUUUAUGCACACCAAAGGCUUACAAAUGCAUUCCUUGGGGAGAGUGGUCGAGCUGGCUGAAAAACUCCCUCAUGUGCAAUCCCUCUGUAUUCAUGAAAUGAUAGUUCGGGCAUACAAGCAUAUACUGCAGGCUGUUGUAGCAGCUGUUGAAAACACUGCUGAUCUGGCUACCUCAAUAGCAUCAUGCUUAAAUGUCCUAUUGGGAACACCGUCUGACACUGAGAGUGAAUAUGAUGAAAAGAUAAAGUGGACUUGGGUAGAAACGUUCAUUUCCAAGAGGUUUGGGUGGAAUUGGAAGCAUGAAGGCAGCCAAGAACUGAGAAAAUUCGCCAUUCUUAGAGGACUGUCACACAAGGUUGGACUGGAGCUUGUUCCCAAAGACUAUGAGAUGGACAGCUCAUAUCCGUUUAAGAAGUUAGAUAUUAUCAGUAUGGUUCCUGUGUAUAAGCACGUAGCAUUGUCAUCCAUUGAUGGACGCACUUUGUUGGAAUCGUCCAAAACUUCCUUAGAUAAAGGCAAACUAGAGGAUGCUGUCAAUUUUGGCACCAAGGCAUUGGCGAAGCUUGUAGCAGUGUGCGGCCCAUAUCAUAGAAUGACCGCCGGAGCAUAUAGUCUUCUUGCUGUUGUGCUGUACCAUACUGGGGACUUUAAUCAGGCUACCAUUUAUCAGCAGAAAGCACUCGACAUAAAUGAAAGGGAACUUGGCCUUGAUCACCCAGACACAAUGAAAAGCUACGGCGAUCUGGCUGUCUUCUAUUAUCGUCUUCAGCACACAGAGUUAGCGUUGAAGUAUGUCAACCGUGCAUUGUACCUUCUGCAUCUAACAUGUGGACCGUCACAUCCAAAUACGGCUGCCACUUAUAUUAAUGUAGCGAUGAUGGAAGAAGGUUUGGGGAAUGUUCAUGUGGCUUUAAGAUACCUUCAUGAAGCGUUGAAAUGUAACCAGAGACUACUUGGAGCUGAUCAUAUCCAGACUGCUGCAAGCUACCAUGCCAUUGCUAUUGCUCUUUCUUUGAUGGAAGCAUACUCCUUGAGCGUCCAGCAUGAGCAGACCACUCUACAGAUUCUACAAGCAAAACUAGGCCAGGACGAUCUUCGGACACAGGAUGCGACUGCGUGGCUUGAGUAUUUUGAGUCUAAAGCUCUGGAACAGCAAGAAGCUGCACGAAAUGGUACUCCCAAGCCAGACGCCUCUAUUUCCAGCAAAGGCCAUCUCAGUGUAUCAGACCUGCUAGAUUAUAUAACCCCGGAUACUGGUCUUAAAGCAAGGGACGCCCAAAGGAAAGCUCGCCUGAAGGUCAAGGGAAGACCAGGACAAAAUCCAGGACCUGUGUCAGAAGAAAAUCAGAAAGAUGAUAAAAUUCUGACGCCGACUGAUAUUAUUGUGGAGAGUUCAAGUGACAAAGAGAACAAAUCCGAAGCAAAAUCUGAAGAAAUAAAGGUUGAGAAGCGUGAUUUGGAACCUCAAGAUCAACUGACGCUAGUUAAGCUCGAGUCCACGGCCAAAGAGGAUGAUGACUCUGACGAAGGAUGGCAAGAAGCUGUCCCGAAAAAUCGUUAUCCCUCCGGGCGUAGAACCCGUCCCAGCCUGGCAAAGCUGAACACAAACUUCAUGAACGUGACCCAGCAGACAUCAAAAAGCAGAGGAAAAUCCACCAAUUUCGCAUCCCCAAGGACUAGUUCAAAUGAACUUUCAAUUUCUGCCGCUGGUUCUACAUCACAGCACGCGAAGAAGCUUUUAAAGAGCCCGAGUUUAAACAGAAAGCAAAACAGCUCCAAUAUAGUGGGAGAAAGACCAGUCAACGAAAAAUCAGCCCUGGCAAACCCAGCUUGCACUGAACAGAUCAACAAGCCAACUCCGAUGCUGAGUCCCGUGAGUGUCAAAGCUGGAAAACUGUUUUCCUAUAAGGAGGUUGCACUGGCACCCCCUGGAACGAUUGUGAAAAUAGUUUCAGAGCAGUUGCCAGAAGAAACGACUGCCUUAGAGACUUUGGAUGCGGCAAAAGUCGCAGUAGAUGAUCCUGAAAAGGUGAAGGCUGAGGAUGUUGAGAGUGGGAGUAAUCAAGUGGCUACAGAAACGGAAGCGAAAAAUGCUGGUAGCGAUGAACAAGGAGAGGUGCUUGUUGGUGGAACGGAGUUGAUGAGUUCACCAGGAGAAAUCAACAAUGUGGAAGCCGAAAAGGCAGCAGCAGAAGCAUUUCCAGCGGAGACAGCUGUAUCAGAUGCAAAACAGGGAAAAUUUGGGAGAGUACAAACGGCUGAGGAAUCAAAUAGAGGUCUACUGAAUAAGUCACCAACAACAGAAGAUACAAAUGGAAAUGGACCAGCAACCGGAGUGAAGCUACAGAAGGAUGUCUCCGAUGCUGAACUGAAAGCAGUAGAUGGCCAAACAGAAGAUAGCCCAAAGUCAUCAGUAGCUGCAGAUGGAGAAAAACAAGACGCAUCCGAUGCACAAAAAGAGAUGAGCAAGAAGCUCUCUGCUUCUGCACCACCUUAUACCCCGACGACCAUUCCAAUUUUUGGGUCUAUUACAGUUCCGGGAUUCAAAGACCAUGUGGGAAUCCUUCCCUCCCCAUUGAAUAUGCCACCAAUGCUUCCUGUAAACCAUGUACGCAGGUCAACUCCUCAUCAAUCUGUAACAGCUCGAGUUCCCUAUGGGCCUAGGCUCUCAGGUGGUGGUUACAACCGAUCUGGAAACAGGGUUCCGCGUAACAAGCCAAGCUUCCCCAGUAGCACUGAGUCCAAUGGUGAGGCUAAUCAAGUCAAUGGCCCAAGAAUAAUGAACCCUCAUGCUGCUGAGUUCAUACCAAGUCAACCUUGGGUUUCUAAUGGUUAUCCAGUUUCGCCAAACGGCUAUUUGGCAUCUCCCAAUGGGGCGGAAAUAACACAGAAUGGGUACCCUCUGUCACCAGUAGCAGGUGGAUAUCCGUGUAACAUACCUGCACAGCCUCAGAAUGGGCUUGUUAUACCUACACCACUGGCUUUGGAGGAAUUACCUGAUACUGAAAGCUCUGAGGAGAAGACUGGAAGCGAAGAGGAGAGCAAUAGCGAAAAGAAAGUUGCAGAGGGUGAAGAAGCCAUUGCACAAGAAACUACAGAGACUCUUGAAAAUGGACACUCGACAGUAGGUGUAGGUGAAGAAAAACCCACAGCACAUGAGAUAUCUGACAAGAAAAAUGGGGAAGGACUUGGAGGCAAGUGCUGGGGAGAUUACAGCGACAAUGAAAUUGAAGUCACAAGUUGAAGAAGCAAUUUUCUGUUAUUGAAGGAUUAACAUUGAGGCUAAAGGAAUGGAGAGAGAUUUGGCUCCAUGGAUGACGUUGAGUCACAUAAUCAGAGGCGGAUCCAUGCGGGGUCAAGUAAGUGACACCCCUUACAAUUUUAAUAUUCGUCCAAGUAGAAAAUAACUUUUUGAAAUAAAAACAAUGAAGUUUCAAAGUCGUAUUUUGUAAGAAUUUCACGAGAAUCUUUGUUUCUCGGUUGAUUGCAUAUCAUCUCCUUUACUAAUGAAAACAUGAUCGACUUGCAUGACAAA